CAAAUUGUAAAUGAAAAUGAAAGAGAAAAAAAUGACCAUAAUUUGGCCAAACCAGCUCUUACACUACCCGGUAAGGGUUCCUGCACGAAACUACUGAAACCUAAGCAAGAUAUGCGAUGAGUCGAUGAUCAAGAUGUAGUAAUUUUUCAGAAUAGAAAAAAAAGAAAAAAGAAGAAGAAGAUUUUCAGAUGCUGUGCGGUUGUUGAUGUUGAGAAGUGAGAAUACAUUACUCAAAUUUUAUUGUUUGAGAAUCAAAACGGUAAAAGGAAAAAAAAAUAAAAUAUUAAGAAAGAAAGAAAGAGAGGGUUUGAUUAAUGGCCUGUGACUGUGAGGGAAAGUUAAAUGUAAGAAGGCCUCACUUCUAUGAGGUUUAUUCCUCCACCUCCACCUCUGAAAAACUGAAAAUUCCUGAUGGAUUCAUCUGUCACAUGGAGGGCAGGACGUGCGGAUUAGUUUCGUUAACUGGUCCUAGUGGAAAUACUUGGCGAGUUCAAUUAAUUAAGCAAAACAAUGAUCUUUUCUUCUGUCAUGGAUGGCCAACAUUUGUGGUAGAUCAUUGUUUAGAAUGUGGUGACCUUUUGGUUUUCAGAUACAAGGGUCACUUGCAUUUUACUGUGCAAGUAUUCGACAAGAAUGCUUGUGAGAAAGAAGCAGCAUUUCAUUCUGAAUGCAGUCAAAAUUCAUGCAACUUUGAUAAUGUCAAAGGACAGAAAAGAGAUAGUAAGGAGAAUUCUUCUUUGGAUGUUGUUGAAAGUGUUUCAAAGAAAAUGAGAAGUAGUGCCAUUGAGAACCACGAGCUUGGGCUGGGUAUUGUUCGUAAAGAACUCUCCCAGUAUGAGAUUGUAAAACCAAUUAGUAUGUUCAGAGAAAUAGAAGAAACCUCCAGAGUGUGUUCAGCUAAUGAUGUCCCUGUGCCUUUUCACAUGGAAAAUAGCAAUGAAGAUGAAGAGGCAACCAUCCUGUAUAGAAGUGGGAAGGAAGAUGAUCAUUGUAUUCUCAGCGGAGUUUCGCCGUCAAAGUCAUCAGCACAUGAUGAGAAAAAAGUAGCCCAGUCAUUUACUUCCCCUUUUCCGUAUUUUGUUAGAAUCAUGAAAAGCUUCAAUGUCAGUGGUUCAUAUACUCUGAAUAUACCAUAUCAAUUUUCGAUGGCACAUCUUCCAAGCUGCAAGAUAAAGAUUAUUCUUCAUAAUUUGAAAGGAGAACAUUGGACUGUAAAUUCUGUGCCAACAACUAGAGUGCAUACAAGUCAUACUCUCUGCGGAGGAUGGAUGGCUUUUGUACGUGGCAAUAACAUAAAGGUUGGAGACAUCUGCAUUUUUGAACUUGUGCAUGAAUGUGAAUUACUUGUUCGCAUUGCUGGGGCUGGAAAAGAUGAGCUAGACUGCCAGGUUGGAAAACUUGCUUUUAGUAGACCUAGCUCAGGACAUGCUGUCGCUUGCCAUAAGACUUCCCGAUAUAUGCCGAUGAGUCCCAAAGUCAGCUCAAAAUGCAUAAGAAAAGUUGAUCUAUCAGAGAAAAAGUGGUCAAAGAUUGGUCAAGAAGCUGUUUUAUCCAUUGACUUGAAAUCUGGUAGAGCUUCAAAUACUUCUAAAAAGAUGGGGCUUUGCCCGCAGUCGAAAGCUGCCCAUAAAAAGUUGGCUGUUCAGAAGAGACAUCGUGUUGAGGAUGAACUAAGCUCACAGGCUAAAGCUGGUUUGAGAAUGUUGUUUGCACUCGAUGAACAAAGGGUAGCUCAAGCUUUUACUUCCCCUUUCCCUAGUUUUGUGAAAAUCAUGAAAAAGUUCAAUGUCAGUGGAUCAUACACUCUGAAAAUCCCAUACCAGUUCUCCGCUGCACAUCUCCCAACUUACAAAACAGAAGUUAUGCUUCGUAAUUCAAGAGGUGAAUGUUGGACUGUGAAUUCUGUCCCAGAUGCAAAAGGCAGAACAGUUCACACCUUUUGUGGGGGAUGGAUGGCCUUUGUACGUGAUAAUGACAUCAAUUUUGGAGACACGUGCAUUUUUGAACUCGUUGCUCAGUGUGAGAUGCAGGUUUAUAUAUCUGGGGUUGGAAAGGAAGGGCUUGACCAUCAAAAUGGGCAUGUAAAACUCAAUAAAUUAGCUACCGUUCCAUCUACCUGCUAACGUUCUUGUUUGUGAGAUAGAAAAAAUCGAUCUUCAAUGAAGAUGUUUUAUGGUGAGAGUCAUAUAAGAUAUUUUGCAUUUUAUGCGUGUCAGUAAUUUCAUACUCUCUUCCUAUAUGUGUAACACCUCGCCAUCUACAUCCCAAUGUAGCAUCACCAAUCAAUUUCUUAGAAUAUAUUCAUUUUGCCUGUUAUGCCAUUGCUUUUGAAUUCUUAUCA